UCUCUGUUAGCGACGGGCGAGAUGUCGGAGUACUUCGUACAGGAGUUGAAGUGCAAAUGCGCGGCGAAGGACGAACGUGGGGCACCUGUACAGCCGGACACGCGCAGGAGGAAUGUCAGGAGAUGCAGCAGGAAAGCAGAGUUCCUUCUCAACAUGACGUUCUUCCUCAUUUUCCCGCUCGCCGUUUGCCGCCGUCGUGGCCUCGCGAGGUCCUCCACGGGGCCCGCACGAGGACAUCGCUGCGCGGACGGAUCUCAAAUCAGUUUGACGAGCGACAAGAGCGAGCGCCCGAAGGUGAUACGCGUGAGCACUUACGGCGAUAGCCACGACUCCAAGAUGGAGGCCGAGGACACCGAGUACGUGAUGGACGAAUUGAAGAAGUCGGAGGAGUCGUUACGUAGUCACGCUAGAAGCAAGAGACACAUGUCUUUUAAGGGUGCCUUCAGGACUCAGAGGGUCAAGACCGAGCUGAAUUCUAAUCGAUUGAUUAACAGCUGA